AUCGUUGACGAUCUCUCUAAGCAAGGUGUACUCUUACGUCUCCGUGAAAGAAAAACAAUAUCCAAAUUUUCUUAUCGUACUUUGUUAUCAUAUUUCAUCAUUUAGUAUAGUGUCGUGUUUAUUGAAGGAAUAAUUGGAAUAGUGUGAAAUAUUAUUCGACGAUUCAUCGAUCUCAAGGCUACAAAAAAAAUUAAAAGAGAUACACAAGGGCAAACUGGCAAGCGUUAAAAAUCCUUGAAUUUUCUUGGAUGAAAGGAAAGGCACGCGUGGGAUGUGCGCGAAACCGUGUUGAAGUUUGACUGGAGAGAGUGCGUGUUUUGAGGUUAUUUUUGUAUCAGUCGUUCGUGUAACUGACCUACUACAUUCAUCUAAGACUAACCUUUAUUUUCCUCCUGACAGUCGUACCGAGAAGACGUUCUACUAACUAUCAUCUUCGAAGAUUAAACUACGAGAUCAUUAUUGACAAUCUUCGCACGAGUAAACACCAACACUGUCCACAGUGCUACAUAACCUCAAAGUGACAACCUAAAUAACUAGUUUCAAGAAUUAUAAUCUAGUGGCUAAUAUCGAAUUUAUGCUCUACAUCAUUACUAUAUUUGUCGAUAGAUCUUCUAUCGAUAUUGACACUUUGUCGAAUAUAGUAAUAAAGACGCUUUAAGUGUCAUUUGAUCCAUGAUCAAUAUGUUAACAUUAUGGCAGAUAUUAGAUAAUAAGAAAAAGCAACUGUGACAACACGUAAAGGAAUAUAAAACUCUUUAUAAUAUAAGUAUAUCUGGUGAAACUAUUGGAAUACGGUGUGCAACAUGUUGUGUCUUAAGAAGUUGUAUAGAGAGGAGUUGUUGCAGCUCGCGCUGUUACUCUCCUUGUUAAGAGUGGACCCAGAGUCUUACCUUGGCUUGGAUAUCCAAGCUAUGGGUGUAGGCUCUUUGGAUCUUCAUAAUGGAUCUGGUUGGCAUACUGAUGCUCAUACCAUUGUACAUCGUCCAAUGUUUGUACAUCCCAAAAAUCUAGAUUCGGUGCUUCUAAACUAUGAAAGGGAUCUUUUUGAAGAAUUAAAUUCUUUGGGAAGAUAUAACAGAAUGAACUCAGGCUCCAAUGAUAUACACGCAUAUCUAUUAAAUAUAGAAGAUACAGGUAGAAAUGCUGCUACAGCUGGAUCAAGUUUACCUAUUUCAACAGAAACAUCAAGCAAUAUGACAUCACCUGAUUCUUCUAGUUCUUCUCAACAACCAGCUGAACCUAUUGGUGCUGCAGAACUUACUCAAGAGGACAUGGACCUGAUCGAAGUACUUUGGAAACAAGACGUGGAUUUAGGUUUUACCUUGGUAGAACCGACUAGUACAACAUCGAAGAAAAAAGUAGCUACAGCUUGCGAAAAAGAAUCGGAAGAUGAAAUUGAAAAGCUUAAAGCUUUGGAAGCUAUCAAUGCAACCAAUCAAAAGGAAGAUGCCGAGGGGGUUGAGGUAAAGCAUCAACAGGAUGAUGAUCCUUGGGCUGGACGCAAUUACACCGUGGAUCUCGAAACUGGAGAAUACAUUCUCAGUACCUGCAACCAGAACGGAAACAGCGAGGUCGAGGAGGACAAUCAAUUUCUCAGAGAACAAUCGUUUGGCUUGAAUCACCAUCCCUUGGCUGGAUUUCCCGAUGAUUCUUUAGGCCUUAAUGAAACUUUGGGCCUUGAAAAUGAUUUCACAUCGGAAUUACUCAAUGACAGUCUUUUAGGAGGGACCGUGGUCGAGGAUUUGCUUGGUGGGAACGAUCUUGGUCUACCCGACGGAUUCAAUCUCGAGGAAGCGCUUCAACUCGUUGGCCUCGAUGAGGUUAAUAAACCAGAGAACGAGGAAACGAAUUACGAACUGAAGAAGGAAAAGGUGAAGCAAGAGAUAAAGAAGGAAGAAGAAUUGGUGGUGGUUGAAGAAAACGACGACGGUAAACGUGGAAGAAGAAGAAGAAGAAGAAGAGGAGGCGGCGGCGGCGGCGGAGGAGGAGGAGGAAGAGGAGAAAGUAAUGGUGGAGACAAAGUAAGAGAAGUAGAAGAAAACGAAGACGAGGACGACAACAAUAUUUACGACAACAAUUACGAUUACGACUACGACUACGACGACAACGAGGACGAGGACCACGAGAACGACGAAUACGAAGAAGAAGAAGAAGAAGUUGUCGGUGGUUCCAAGGAAUUUACGAGCGCAAAGGGUGACGUUCCUGUCAACGUCUCGAGUAACGUCGUCGAGGUCGCAAAGUCAUCCAGGUGCGAGGAUCCCGAGACCGGCGACAUGAUUCAUACACCGCAAUUUCAUCAUCCCCAUCAUCCGCACCACCGUUCCUUUCAGGGCCGCAUGCCAUUCGUGCGUGCAAUGAGCAUGGAGCAACGGUGGCAGGAUUUGGCAUCAUUAUUAUCACUUCCCGGUGCUCCAGAACAUUUUGCGCAUCCAUCGCAUCCUGGAUAUCAUCCCGGACACACUAUAAGUCAUAGUCAUUACGAGGCACAACGUAAUGUUUUGCUUCACAAUGCCACUUUGGCACCACCGGUUGGUGAUCUUAACUCGACAGGUCCCUACCACAAUGUAGGUGGUUCGUCGAAUCUUGGAUCAGCAGUUGCAACUUCAAUGAAUUUAACGAACAGUAGUGAACCAAUGGGAGCAGAAAGUAAUGCUGCUUAUAAAUCAGAACCUACUGACAUAAUGUAUUAUCAUGCACCAACGUCAGACACGAUAAACCAAACCACCGAUGGUUUUCUUUCGUCUCUUCUCAAUGACGAAGAUUUACAUCUAAUGGAUAUGGCAAUGAACGACGGCAUGUACACCAUGCGUAUGCUGGACAAUGGUAGCAACAAUGCAUCCGGGCCAACCGGAGCAGCUGCUUUACCGGGAGUCCAAACAGCUGGUGGUACCACGUCAACAACGACGGCCCUGACAAGUGUAACGAGUUUACCUGCUGUCACAGAUGAGAGAAUGGAUGCUUCUAGUGAUAGUGCCGUCAGUAGUAUGGGCAGUGAACGCGUGCCAUCCCUCUCAGAUGGGGAGUGGAUGGAAACUGGCUCGAAUUCCAGUCACACGCAAGCUGACUCACAUUACACCAUGGAUUAUGCUAGUAAGUACCGAAUGCCUUACGACUGCAGUUACUCCGUUUCUGGAAGAAACGCAGGUUCUCCAAGAUGUCAACCGGAAAGGACUGUACCACCGGUUGCACAGAAAAAACAUCAAAUGUUUGCCAAACGAUAUUUCCAAGAGCAAGGCACCGGAUCACCUUUAGGAGGAACGGCACAUCCUACCACUCCUAUGAAAUAUGAAUACGAUUCGCAUACGGUCGGUGCUGGGGCACCGGGUAAUGCUUAUUCCGGACCAAUAGAAGGUGCAGCCGGGCCACAAUCUGAAAUUAAAUAUAGUUGCAGUGUUGACUUCACUCGCCAUCAAUCUGGGCGAUCAGCAAUUGAGCACGUUCAUCAUAAUCAUACUUAUCACCUACCCGCUGAAAGUUCAGGAUCUCUUCAACGUCCCCUUUCUCGUGAUAAGAAAGUACGGAAAAACGAGAGCGACGAACAUUUGACGCGAGACGAGAAACGUGCAAGAGCGUUAAACGUACCAAUUCCAGUGAACGACAUUAUUAAUUUACCUAUGGACGAAUUUAAUGAGCGCCUUAGCAAAUACGACUUAAGUGAAGCACAGUUAUCUUUGAUACGUGAUAUCAGAAGGCGAGGCAAAAAUAAGGUGGCAGCGCAGAAUUGUCGAAAACGAAAACUCGAUCAAAUUAUCAGUCUUGCCGACGAAGUUAAAGAGAUGCGCGAUCGCAAAUUGAGACUCAUUCGAGAACAUGAUUUUAUGCUUCUCGAAAGACAACGCGUUAAAGACAAGUUCAGUCAACUUUAUCGCCACGUAUUCCAGUCUCUUCGAGAUCCCGAUGGUAAUCAAUACCAUCCAUACGAAUAUAGUCUUCAGCAAUCCGCUGAUGGGAAUGUUUUAUUGGUACCAAGAAAUCAAACAAAUCCUCAUCAUCCGUGCCCUUCAUCCAUGGAACCGAAGACGAAGCCAGAUCCUGAACACAAGGAAUGAAACUGUCAAAGGAUCAUAUUAAAAACUAUUGGUUAAUUAGCGCUGUUUAAUAUAGCGAAACGUCAAUAAGGGCGUAAAUUCAAAUGUUAACGAUGAUGUUAACUAAAAGCUUCGUGUUAAAACCAGAGAAACAUAUUUGCAAUACAAUCCUUUUGUCGAAUGGACGACUUCAUAACUUCGCAUUUGACAUACUUUGCAUGCUAUUCGAUUGAACAACGAAUUUGCUAAAAAAUCGCGUAUUAAACUUAUCGCUAUUUAUCAUAUUACACAAUAUAACUAUAUAUAUAUUUAUA